UGUCAAAUCAAAAAAAAGGAGAGGUUGUCAAGUCAAGCGACUCGAUCGACACAGCAAAUCUAUGAGAUUUUCGUAGUAUAAUUGUAUAUGUUUGUACUCAAGAUUAUAUAAAUUAUGCCGAAAAAUAAAGGAAAAGGUGGUAAAAAUCGGAGGAGGGGAAAGAACGAAAAUGAAACGGAAAAGCGUGAGUUGGUCUUCAAAGAAGACGGACAGGAGUACGCCCAAGUCACAAAGAUGCUCGGUAAUGGCCGCUUGGAGGCCAUGUGCUUCGAUGGCAUCAAACGCCUGUGUCAUAUUCGAGGUAAACUUAGGAAAAAGGUUUGGAUAAAUCAAGGAGACAUCAUAUUAAUUGGUUUACGAGAUUACCAAGACGCGAAGGCCGACGUGAUUCUGAAGUACACACCCGACGAAGCCAGGAACCUGAAGACUUACGGAGAGUUCCCCGAGACAGUGCGCAUCAACGAGACCGUGGUGUAUUCCGUGGACGGUCUGGACGAGGAUAUCGAAUUCGGAGACGAAGUUAGUUCAGAAGAUGAAGCUGAUGCAGUCGAUAAUAUAUAAACACUUAGCUCUAUUUAUAUCUACAGUAAGUCUGUGAAAAAUUAUUUUGCUGUUAUUAAAUAAACAAUUUUGUGAUUUUGUAAGUUUAGUUUUGUAAAAUCAGUUCUUACAUAACCUAAAUGUAAAUUUAUGCCUUUUUAGACACUUGGUAUUCUUAAAUUGUAAGUGUUUAUAACGCAUAUCUGUAAAAUGAUUCAUUAAUUACAAUCCUGAAUUCUCAUCUAGCACAAUACAAUAGUCAUAACCAUAUGAAAUCAUAGUGCAACAUUCCUUGAUUACUUGUAAAUUAUAAAUUGUUCUCCGUCACCAAUAUAAAUGUUUUAAGAAAUCUUAAGGAAUGUAUAUAAAUUAAACAUAAAACACCCAAAA